AUGGGCACCGCACGUCCUACACUCUAUCAUGUUCUUCAUGAUGAUAAUGAAUUCAGUAGUGACGAUAUUCAACAAUUAACCUAUUGGUUAUGUCACACCGAUAUGCGUUGUACAAAAUCUGUGUCAAUUCCUGCACCAGUCUAUUACGCUCAUUUGGCUGCUUAUGGAUCACGAUCGCUUGACUUCGAUGCGAAUCAUCCAAUACACAGUGAUGGAAAUGAUAACGAUGAUAAUGACGAUGAAAAUGUCGAUGAUGAAGAUGAUUCAACAAGUUAUUCUCUUGAAGAUAUCAAAACCAAAGUGAUGAUAUUCGAUCCGAAAGUGGCUAAUGAUAUGUGGUUUAUCUAA